AUGAGCUUUCUUUAGGUACUUUACGGUACAGUCUCCAACUCUCGCGAUAACUGACCGAAGAGCAGCGGAGAGCUCGACACGCCAAAGAGGAAUGACAUCUUGUCAACAGUCCCUAGAGAAGUAGCAUUACAGGCAUGCCACUGUGUGAUACUGAGUAGCCGCCUGCCCCAGUGCCUCUCCCCCUUCUGACCUCAUGACAACCCCACCACUCGGUCAGUUUCCUGCACAGCAGGCGCAAGCAGCCCGGGAUGUAAACACAGCCUCACUGUGUCGCAUCGGACAGGAAACUGUGCAGGACAUAGUUUUAAGAACCAUGGAGAUCUUUCAGCUGCUUAGAAACAUGCAGCUACCGAACGGGGUCACGUACCAUCCUAACACACAUCAGGACCGGCUAGGGAAGCUGCAGGAGCACCUGCGCAUGCUGUCUGUCCUCUUCCGUAAACUGCGUCUGGUCUAUGACAAAUGCAUCGAGAACUGCGCCGGUCUGGAGCCCAUUCCUCCUGAGCAACUCAUCCCCUAUGUGGAGGACGACAGCUCCAAACUGGAUGAGCGUGUAGCCAGUCAGAUGCGUUCAGCCAGUGAAGAGAGAAGAGAAGUGCUUGAGGUGAACAAGAAACUCAAACAGAAGAACCAACAACUGAAGCAGAUAAUGGACCAGCUCAGAAACCUCAUCUGGGAGAUUAACUCCAUGCUAGCUGUGAGAAGCUAAAACACACACACACACACACACACACACGGCCCACACAAGAUAUAUUAUUGUCUACACACUUUGCGUUAAUGAGAUGUGUUUUCACUGAGCGUGAAGUGGAAAGAUAGCAGAGACAGAAGAAGGGUACUGAGGUGAAAAAUUGCACGAGGGAAGGAGGAAAGAGGAACGACGGAGUGAAAUGGGGUAAAUUUUGCUGCUCAUUCAUGCUACAUGGUUGAGCAAGGAUUCAGUUUAUUUGAGAUGAAUUCAAUUUUCAGCAAGAACAUUUAAAAAAAAACAGAGUGGAUCUCUUAUUUGCUGUGAUGAACUUCAUUCUUAAUUUUAUUCCAAAUACUUGUAAAUCUGAAAAAAACUUUUUAUUUAAAUUAAAUAUUUCAUAACAUAAAAUGUAGCAAGAAUAUAUGUUACACUAUAUAUGUAAUAUAUAUCGCUGUGUUUAAAUUUUUAUUCAAUGCAAAACCUAUGUAAUGCCAGAAAUUCUGGCAGCUAUAUAAUGCAGAAUUAUUAAACACUAUAUAAAUAGUGCUUUUUGAAAAAUCUGAAUUUUUUUUGUAUUUAUGAUCUGCUGAUUUGCUUGACUGAGUUGACAGAUGGGAUUAGUGAUUCGAUAUAAAAAUGUGUACGAUAAAUAAAGAUAAACGUGUCAACGUUUGACACAAACACUUUUGACACAUGAAAUAUAGCUGUGUUUCGCUUUUGAAUGUUGAAUAGAAACUAAAGUCUGGUUUAUAUUUAGUCAGAACUGCUUCUGAGAAGUCCCAGAAAAGAAUUUGGAGCGUUCAGGCUUUCAGAACAGGACGACGAUCGUAGCUGUCCAUUAAACAAGAGGUCGGGGAGUAGAUAUGUAAAAGCGCACACUUUAUUAUUGUGUGUCCAAACAAAAUGGCGGCUCUUUGACCAAGCUGAGGAUGUUGGAGCUUUUGCUGUGGCAUCAUCUGAGGAAGGUGAUACAGAAUCAA